CAUAAUUUAGCCACAAGGCAGGGACGAGAAUUAAAAUUUUCUUUGUUAACGGGAUGAACCGAGGGUGGACAGAAUUUUUCAAAGCAGUGCUCACUCUCCAUUUCUUCAUAUUUUUCCCUUCAAGAUCGGUCAUUAGCUCUGGGGUCGACAAUGGUGGUUCUGUCAGUCGUUUCCACUGACAAGAGUGCUAAUCCGAUUGAUAGUGCUACUCUUGACGCUGGAGUGGUUUCUAUUGUUGACGGCGAAGGAAUGAAGUGCAAAGGACUGGACAAUAGGAAGUCGGAUAGCUCGCCGUGUGAGAGAAGGUCGAGUGCGAGGAUAAAAAAACUGAAUAGCGAAAAGGCUCUCCGAGUUUGUAAGAGAGAAGAAUUCGUAAAUCAGGAAGAAGAUAGGGUUUUUCGAAAGAAGACCAGAGUGCAACACAGGAAAACGGUGGACAGGCCUAAUGUGGGUUCUGAGAUCGGAGGUUCAGAGGUUCAGAUAGAGGUUUUAGGGUCAGAUGUGGUUAAGGACUGUGCUGUUGUAGAGAAUGAUGAGAAGCUGAAUAUGAGUUUGGCAGAGUUUACAGAGAACGGAACAGUCUCUGAGAAAAGUGCAUAUACUAGGGUUACGGAGACUUUGAGGAUUUUUAACAAGCAUUACCUUCACCUUGUACAGGUUAGUUCAUUUGCUAAGCUCUUACAGUGA